GUCACAUACGGACGAGCUGGAGUUAUAAACUUUACCGUGAAUUCACACUAACGCGCCCGCAUCCAGCCUCUCCGCCCCCUCGGACUGUGCAAACACCUAAACCCAGCGCUCCUCCUCCCGCUCCGUACCAGCUGGUUCCUAGUCAGAGGAGAACCAAGAUGGCGGCGGCCGAAGCAGAAACCAUGGACAAACCAGUGGCUCAGUCUUUAAACCCCGAGUAUUCUAACGGGGAAGGUGACGGGGGGUCCGCAGACCCGGGGUACCUGCAGGACUCUGUGCUGGACUUCCUGCUGCAGGAGGUCGGCAGCGACCCGAAGAAGCUGCACAGCGCAGGAGAACUGCUGGAGAGGCUGAGAGCAGAGAACACCGAGCUGGAGGAACAGGUCCUCUCUGUCUCCAGCUCGGUUCCUCCCAAAGUGUCUGCAGCUCUAACGGCUGCUGAGGACGCCAGAUGUUCCCUCGAACACCUGUUACAGAGGGAACGCUGCAUCUCUAACACACUGCAGCAGCACCUACAGGGGGCGCAGUCCUGGAUGGAUAACCUCAGCCAGACUCUGAACCAAAUCGACAUUAUAGAGAGACACAUGAAGUACCUGAGGUGCCUUCAACAUGUGGAGGAGCUCAGUGCUGCGGUCCAGCAGUGUCUGAUGACAAGCAGUGUGUGGGAGGCUAUCCGGGCUGUGGACAGCAUGGCCGCUCUGGAUGCCGGACUGAACGAGUCUGGCUGCUCUCACCUGCGAGGCUUCGUCAGGGAAACACUCCUCUUCUGGCACAAGAUCAUCAAGGACCGCCUUUCCAGUGACUUUGAAAAAGUUCUGACUCAGCUUCAUUGGCCGAUCAUCUCUCCUCCAACCCAGUCACUGACCCCCACCACCAAUGGUCAGGAGAUCCACAGCCAGCUGGAGCUGCUGGUGACACAGCUGCUCGCUCUGCAGACCUCUGAUGACCUAAUUUCUCAGAGGGCUUCAGUCUCUUGUGGUCCCUCUUCCCCACCUGGUUCUUCAGCUCCGCCCCUCUCACAGGCUCCGCCCCUCUGUCUGCCAAUCCAGAUCAUGCUGCAGCCGCUGAGCAGGAGGUUCAGAUAUCACUUCUACGGAAACCGACAGACCAAUACCCUGAGCAAGCCUGAGUGGUACCUGACCCAGGUUCUGAUGUGGAUGUGUCACAGCUCCACCUUCAUGGAGGAAAAGAUUCAGCCCAUCCUGGACAGAGCUGGAGCCUCCAUCAGCGCCCGGGUGGAGCUGUGUAGGGGUCUGCUGUCUCUGGUGCAGGAGAAGGUAUCAAGUGAUGCCUCUAGGCUGCUUUAUGAGGACUCUCUGUUCUGCCACCUUGUUGAGGAAGUGCUGCAGUUUGAGAAGGAGCUUAGGAGCAACCAUUCAUACCCGGCAGUGCUUCCUGGUCUGCUCCACCUGCUGCUUGAGGACUCCAUCCUGCAGAAGUGGCUCACUGUGGAGAAGAAGAUGGCGGUGGAGAAGAUGGAUGCCAUGCUGUCUGCAGACGGCGCCUGGAGCUCUCAAUAUAAAGAUAUCAGUGAUUUAGAUGAACUGAAGGCUCCUGACUGCGCUGAGACUUUUAUGACUCUGCUGCAGGUGAUCACAGAGAGAUAUCGUCCGUUACCCUCUGCCUGUGCUCAGCUCAAGUUUCUGGAGCUGCAGAGAGAGCUUGUGGAUGACUUCCGCAUUCGGCUCACACAGGUGAUGAAGGAGGAGUCUCGCUCUCCGCUCGGUGCUCGUUAUUGUGCGAUCCUGAAUGCUGUGAAUUAUAUCUGCACCAUCCUGGGAGACUGGGGAGACGACGUGUUUUUUUUGCAGCUGCAGCAGGACGCGGUGUCCCUCGGGGAGGAGGGGGUGCUUGGAGGACUGGGGUUGAUGGAGCUGGGUCGACUGGCAUCUCUGGAAGGUUCUCUGUUUGAAGGAUUGCUGUCCCUCCUGGACAGACUAAAAACCGACAUGAUGGGACGACUGCUGGACUGGACCAUGAGAGAAAUCAUUGAGAAAGCCCAACCGUACUGCUCCGACAGGUGGUUGUCUCUCCCCUCCCAGCAUGACCUAUCCACCAUGUCCCUGUCCAGUUCAGCGUGUCCCAUGAUGCUUUGUGUGAGGGACAGACUGCUGAACCUCCAUCAGGUCCUCAGUCUCUCUUUGUUCCAGCUGGCAUGGCAGGGACUCGCAGAGAGACUCGACAACUACCUGUACCAGGAGGUGAUCCUGUGUAAUCACUUCAGUGAGGGCGGGGCAUCUCAGCUUCAGUUUGACAUGAGCAGAAAUCUGUUUCCUCUGUUUGGACAUUACUGCAAGAGACCAGAGAACUUCUUCAAACAUGUGAAGGAGGCGUGUAUCGUCCUGUGUCUCAGCGUUGGUUCUGCAAUUCUCCUGAGGAACCUCCUGAAGGAUGCGGAUGAGAUCGGUUCUGGAGAUCCAUCCCCGGAGUCCGCUCUGAACGAACUCGGGGUUUUCUGUUUGGCUCCGUGUGAUGUUCUGAUUCUGUUGAACCUGCGAGCCUCGUGGCCCGGACAGUGACUCUUCUGUUAUUUGUUUUAUUAUUGUUCUGUUACUCACGGGAGACAUUUUUUGAACAACAGGACGUUUAAACAGGAAGUAGAACCUGUAUAACCGUUUGAGCUUCGUCCUGAUGAUGAUUCAUUUCCAGCUCCUGUAACUUCAGCGGACUGAAGCAAAAUAAACAGUACAAGCAGC